AUGGGCCGACUCCUGCAAACCCUCUGCUUCCUCCUGCUCAUCGCCUCCUGCCCCUGCGCCGUCAUCACCGGGCCAGACUCAGCCCACGUGAGUGUAAAGUCACGCCGAGCCCUGACGCCCUCAUCUCUCCUGCGUCUCUCCCGCGUCUCUCCGCAGGUCCCUUUCUUCGGGAAGCGCCAGCACCACACCUGCCCGUGUUUGCCCAACUUCAUAUGCUCCAGGUUCCUCGACGGCCGCUACCGCUGCUCCGUCGACUUCAAGAACUUUGAUUUUUAG